AAAGUAAAAAUACGGUCACGUACUUGUAGCCACUUCGAUGAUUUUUAUGGAGCGCCAGCUUAUUAUAUAGUUAAGUUCACCUUAAUUACAUUGAUUUUCCCUAUAUUUUUACCUUCAACAUACAUUUUAAAAGUAUUAGUAUGUUUACUCUGUAAUUUCAGCCGUAAUUUGAGCAAAAAACUUUUUUAAAAAAAGACAAAAAAAGACUGACAUUAAGAUGUGCAAAUAGCGCGACAUGUAAUGUUUGCAUUGUAACUAGUGCGAUGUAAAGAUGACACUAAAAGGAAAACAAAAUUCUAACGUUCACGGGAGAAAAAAGAAGAGACGAUGCUGGCCUUAAUACUUUGUAUAUGCUUUUUGUUAUCAGUUAACACACAGGAACUGUUGGAUGCCUACAAACCAAUUCAGUAUGAUUUUGAUGGUACUGAAACCCAUACAAAUCAUCGAGUUCGAAGAGCUACUGAAGUGUUCAGCGAAAACAUAACAUAUACUUGCGACACAUCAAACCAUCCACAACCAACGGCAGAAUAUCCAGCAGUACUAUUUGAAAAUUUUAACUACAAUAACUGCACACCAUCUGGGAGGUUUGUGCGUUUGCGUGCAAAUGAUUUCAUUAAGUGGGUUGAGAACAUACCACGCCCAGGUCGAGGACGAAGGUUAACAUGGAGUUCCAUGCUAAUGAUACCAGGACUUAACGUUACAUUCAGAGCAUGCUGUCCUAGUGGGAAUGACUUCACCAAGUCGGUCUCCAACUGGAAGAAUACAGCGAAUAUGAAUUUAUCUGUAUUUCAUCAUCCUGAUCUGCAAGGAAACAAUGGCAUAUGGUAUCAAAGAUGGUUGCAUUGGGUAAUGUCAUUUUACAUUCGCAUUGAGCCCCCCACUGAUUUGAGCUUUAUUCCAGAUUGCGGUAACUGUUAUUUCGGUCAGUGUGGGUUGACUGGUAAAUGCGAAUGUGCACUGGGAUACUCAGGGACUGAAUGUGAUAUAAGACCAACAAGCGAUUCCUACCCUACUCAGGAGAAACCGCUCGUGUUAUUUAAAGAGACACGCUUCCAAGGAAGCUAUAUAUACGGUAAUCCAGACGAAUUCAAAAAAUUUGCCAGUAAUUCACGUGAUGUGAGAGAAGUUCAAUACAAAUCGUUGCGCGUGCUUCACAACCGUACCGUGACUUUCGCUAGAAAUAUAAAAUUUAUGAGCACGUGGAAUCCCGGUAGUGAUAUUGAAGAUAUUGCGAACUUUAUGCUCGCUAAUACUGAUGUCGCUGAUCCGUUGUGGUAUAAUUUCGACCCAAGCAUCGAAGUGGAUUUUUAUGUAAAGGUCGAAGGUAAUAUAAAAUGUGAUAACUGUAGCCUAAGUAAUGGCGUGUGCUAUACAGGCAGUUGUGUGUGUAAACCAGGCUUUACUGGUGCACAUUGUGAUAUGUCUGUAUAAUAACUGACUAGUAAUGUAAAAAGACCCUUGUGACUAUUUAGGUACCAAAGAAUUAAUUUUUGUGAGACCUAAUUUUCGCAAGUCAUAAUAUUUCGUGAAAAUUAAAUUUUACAUUUGCAUUGUUUGCAUUCACACUGAAACCUAGUCUAUUAUAAUCGUCAUCUCAAAAUUUUUAUAACAACUGGUUUCUUGAAGACGGUAUUCAAAAUGAUAUGUUCCCAGCAAGACGUGUUUCGUUGUGUCUGUUAUACCUGUUUGUUUGUUUUGGAGUUUAUUUUGAGGGAAGUUGGCAUUGUAAGCUACCUUUAAGAUAUUUCAAAGUACAGCUUGAGCAUGUUUUAAAAAUAUAAGAAGUUUCUAUGAUCAUGAUUUAUAUAUUUCAUAAAUAUUUGUAGAUAUAAUAUUUGUUUUCUUUUGAAUAUAAUAAUUUGUACAUUUUAAUUACACUAAUAAUAUAUUCGAUGUAAAUCACUGUA